AUGGGCAAGGCCAAGAAGAAGGGAAAGUCUGGCGCGGCCAGAAAUUACAUGACGCGCACCCAGGCCGUCAAGAAGCUGCAGCUGAGCCUUCCCGACUUCCGCAAGUUGUGCAUCUGGAAGGGCAUCUAUCCUCGUGAGCCCCGUGAUCGCAGGAAGGUUAACAAGUCUGCUACGGCCUCUACCACUUUCUACUACACCAAGGACAUCCAGUACCUGUUACACGAGCCCCUGCUGCAAAAGUUCCGUGAGCAAAAGGCCCUCGAGAAGAAGAUCUCGCGCGCUCUCGGCCGCGGCGACGUCUCCAAUGCGGCUCGUCUCGAGCGCAAUGCCAAUCUGCCCGAGAAGACGGGCAAGCCGCGCUACACGCUCAAUCACAUCAUCCGCGAGCGCUACCCGACCUUCCAGGAUGCCCUGCGCGACCUCGACGACUGCCUAUCCAUGCUCUUCCUCUUCGCAAACCUCCCCUCCACCACCGCCGUGCCCGCCAAGAUGAUCGCGCGGUGCGAGCGCCUAUGCCACGAGUUCCAGCACUACCUCAUCGUCACACACAGCCUGCGCAAGUCGUUCCUGUCCAUCAAGGGCAUCUACUACCAGGCCAACAUCCAGGGCGAGGACAUCCUCUGGCUGGUUCCCUACAAGUUCAACCAGAGGAUUGUGGGCGACGUGGACUUCCGCAUCAUGGGUACUUUUGUCGAGUUCUACAUGACCCUGCUGGGCUUCGUCAACUAUCGUCUCUACACCUCGAUUGGUCUUAAGUACCCGCCCAAGUUCGACCAGGUCAAGGACGACCAAGGCGCUGAGCUGGCUGCCUUCUCGCUCGAGGGUCUCAACCUGGCUUCACAGAACGGUGAGCAAAAGGCCAUCACCAACGGCGAGGAGCACGGCCCGGACCCGAAAGUGCAGGCCGAGGUCGACAAGCUUGUGGCGAAACUGCGCGAGGAGGAGCAGCAAGCCAAUGGCGACAAAACAGAUGAGAAGGGAGAGGAAAACGAAGGCGAUGACAAGCCGAGCGACGCCAUCGACAAGUUCGAGCCAGUCGCGCCCGGCGGCGACGUACUCCCUCAACCCUCCUACAGCAGCAGCGACCCGUCGCAACUAUUUGCCAACUUUACCUUCUUCCUCUCGCGCGAGACCCCACGCCAGCCUCUCGAAUUCAUCCUGCGCGCCUUCGGCUGCAAGAGAAUAGGCUGGGACGCCGUUCUCGGCGAGGGCGCCUUCACGACCGACGAGUCCGACCCGCGGAUCACUCACCAGAUCAUCGACCGCCCCGUCAUCCGCGCAGCAGUCAGCGAGGACGGUGACGGCGAGGACAACCAGACCUCUCAGAAGCUGGCCCCCAACGGGCGGUAUCCCGGCCGUAUCUACGUACAGCCGCAGUGGGUGUGGGACAGCAUCAACGACGAGGAGCUCAAGCCGCCGGAGCUGUAUGCCCCUGGCGCGCAGCUGCCGCCUCACUUGAGUCCGUUUGUUAAGCCUACCCAGGGCCAGUAUGAUCCGACUAAGCCACUUGAGGAGCAGCAGACGGAGGCUGAGGCUUUGGAGGCUGAGCUGGAGGAUGCCCAGGCCCAGCAGGAGGGUAGUGACGAAGAGAGUGGGUCGGAGGUCGAGAAUGAUAUGUCUGUUGCGUCGGAUGAGGAGGAUGAGCAGGAGGAUGACUUUGGUGGCUUUAGCGACGAGGAUGAGGAGCAAUCGGACGAAGGCUCCGAAGAAGGUGAUGAAGAAGAGGAUGACGACGAAGAAGAAGAAGCGACCCUCGAGCGCCAGCGUGAGCUAGAGGCCGAGCUGGCCGGCAAGGCGGUCAGCAAGGGCAAGCCUUUGGACCCCAAGGUUAAGGCGAAGCUGGAGGCGAAGAAAGCGCUAGAGCGCAAGAAGAAGCAGGAGGCCGAGGAGCUGGAGCGCGCCAAGGGCAUGCUCAGCAAGAAGAAACGCAAGCUGUUCGAGCAGAUGCAGUACAGUAAUGCGAAGAAGAACGCGGAGGAUGCCAAACUCCGUGCAAAGAGAAGGAGGAUUGAGAAGGAAAUGGCAGCGAAGAAGGCUUAG